UUAGUCACAAAUUCGUAUAAAUGGGUAAUUGUUUAUUAACUUUAAAAUCAAAUGUAUUGAUGUGUUAUGAGUGUUGUUGUGACUGUUGUUUGUGUAAUAAAAAAGUUAAGAACAGAUUUCAUCACAAGACUAGUAGUGAAGUCUCUAAAAAAACAGUUAAAACUUUUUGGGAGGAAAAGCCAUUUGUGGACAGGGAUUCACUAACAGUAUCACAAAUUCCUAUCACAAAAAUUUCUCGUAAUAUUUCUAUAUCUGAAAACAAUGAACGACUAAAAGGCAACGAAAAACAGUUUGAUUCUAUGGUUUUGAGUCUUGAAAAUUAUGAAUGUCUUGAAAAUGUGGGAAAAGGAGCUCACGGUGUGGUAUAUAAAGUAAGAAACAAAGAAACUAAUCAUUUGUUUGCUGUUAAAGUCAUGAUAUUGUCGACUAAAUUUCAAAAUUAUUUGUCACGAAUUAAUACUUUUAAAAAUGAAAUCUUUCAUCUGAGACGACAUCCUCACCAUAAUAUUAUUGGUCUGAAAGACCAUUUUGUUUGCAAACAUCAAAUCUCUUAUAUGAUAAUGGAAUUAGCCAUCAGCGGUGAUUUGUCGCAUAUUUUGAAGACAAGAAGUCAGCCGUUUAGUGAAGAGAUGGCCAAAUCAUACUUUGUUCAGAUAUAUAAUGCAAUCCAUUAUUUACAUUACAAGAGUUUAUAUCACGGAGACAUGAAAUUAGCUAAUGUUUUGAUCGCAAUUGUCGACAAUAAAGAAGUGGUCAAAGUUAGUGACUUCGGUAACUGUCGUAUUGCAUACUCUAACGAAACGGGAGACAUAAUUAAGAACAAAGCAGUCGGUACUGUGGCCUAUAUGGCACCCGAAAUCAUACGGGUCUAUAUUGAUGUCAAUUUGAACUGCAAAGGUGUUAGUAAAACUGUAAACGGAUAUAACCCACAAAAAGGCGAUAUGUGGGCACUCGGAGUCUCUUUCUAUGAAUUACUUUCAAAACAAAGACCGUUUACUUAUAGAUCUAAAGAACCCAAAGAUUUACAAAAGAUGUUAAAAGAUAUGAAAAAAGGCUAUAAUAUGCCCUCAAAUAUUGCCAACAAAUUAAGUGCUGAUUGUAUGUUAAUAUUGAAAAAACUUCUUCAUUACGAUAAAGACGAAAGAUUUAAUAGCUUUUCACUUAAAUCUCAUAAAUACAUCACUGAAUCAUCAGAAUAUAUUCCAGUAACUAAUAUAACAGUUAAAUUAAAUUAA